AGUUCAUUGUUUUGGUCAACAGUGAAAAUGCUGGAAUGUCAGCUGACCAGAAAAGAAAAUAUGCCGUGGAAUGGACACUAGUGGCAGAAUAACUCUGUAGUAAAGGGCACGAGCAUCCGCCCGGCAGUCUCCUUCUGUGAGGUUUCUGCUUUACAUCUCCUGUCUUCGUGUUUUUACUACCUCCACCAACCCUGUUUACCUUUUACCUUCAUCUGUACUGUUUGAGUGUCCAGUGUCCUCUGUGUCAAAAUGGAUGCUGAAGAGCCUGUGCCACACAAUAUCAAUUCCUCAUAUAUUCCACCUGCUCUUGGCAAUGACAAUGUAUCUCUGGAAGAGGAAAACGAGGACCAGAGUCCCUCUUCGUCCCUCCUGCCAGUGCCUCUGGCUGUGCGCUACAGUCCAGAGGACUCUUACUGUUUGGUGUACAUGAUCUUCUUUCUGAUGGGCAUCGGCUCCCUGUUGCCCUGGAAUUUCUUCAUAACAGCCAAACACUACUGGCUCUACAAACUGAGCAACAACACUCAACACAGCGGUGGCGAGGAUCAACGUUCAAAUCUCGGUGACUACUUUGAAAGUUAUCUGGCCAUCGCGUCCACGAUUCCCUCCGUGCUGUGUCUGAUACUAAACUACAUUCUCAUAAACAGGUUCUCGGCUAACAUCCGGAUCCUGGUGUCUCUUGUUGUGAUCCUGUUGGUGUUUGUGGUGACCACGGUGCUGGUGAAGGUGGACGUGUCGGACUGCAAGGAGACUUUCUUUAUCGCCACACUGACCAGUGCGGCUGUCGUUAGCGGAGCUUCUAAUGUCUUCUCUGGCAGUGUUUUUGGCAUCAGUGGGCAUUUCCCUAUGAGGAUCUCUCAAGCCCUAAUAUCAGGUCAGGCUAUGGGAGGCACUCUGACUGCAGUAGCAUCAAUAAUGCACCUUUCCCUCACAAAGGAUGUGACACAAAGCGCUUUGGCCUAUUUCCUGACGGCUGAUGUCUUUAUUCUGCUCUGCAUCGUCGCGUAUCUGCUGCUGCCCAAGCUGGAAUAUUCAAGACACUACAUGCUGGCAGCAACAUGUACCACUGCACAAGCCCUGAGUGAAGGCAGUACAGGCAGAGACUCUGUCCCACCACUGCAGCCCAUCCUUAGGAAGACGUGGGUGCUCGGUCUUAGUGUCUUCUACGUCUUCUUCAUCUCCUUAAUGGUUUUCCCUGCCAUAUCCUCGGGGAUCCAGUCUGUCCACAAAGACAGCGGCAGCCCCUGGACAACCACUUACUUUGUGCCCCUCACUAGUUUCCUCCUGUACAACGCAGCAGACUUCUGUGGCAGGCAGGCCACAGUCUGGCUGCAGGUUCCUGGCCCCACUAGUCGAGUCCUGCCAGUGCUGGUGCUAUGUCGCUCUGUCAUGGUCCCACUUUUCGUGUUCUGUAACUAUCAGCCUAGGGACCACGUGCACACAGUGUUGUUCAAACAUGACGCUUAUCCAAUGGUUUUCAAUUGCCUGCUAGGCAUCUCCAACGGCUACCUUGGCACUCUACCAAUGAUCUAUGGCCCAAAGGUGGUUUCACGAGAGCUGACAGAGGCCACAGGAGUGGUCAUGUCCUUCUUCCUCACUCUGGGACUCGCUGUUGGAUCUGCAUUCUCCGUUCUUAUCAUUCGCUCUAUAUGAUUAGGUUGUGAGGGAAUAAAGCAUCAUGUGGUAGAGCCACUGUACCCGCUGCUGAUGAAUCGUGUAACCUCAAAGCAAUGUGCACCAGUGAAGCCAUUUGACUGUUGAAGGGAAAAGUCCCGAUAAGCUCAGCACCGUUCUUGAACAAAAAGGGCACAACUGCACUCACACAAAAUGUAUUUAGUUUACAGUGGUGUGGCUCAGAAUGAGUCUCAAGGCUUCGUCUAUCUUGGUUUUUGGUCUCUCCAUAUUUGAAAUGUGGAAGUGCCUCUUCUAGCAAUAUUUGCAAUACACGAGGGACAAUUCACAAAGCUUUCACGUUGUACUUUCUUAAAGUGGAAAACACAAUUACUUUUACAUUUGGGAUAGUUUUUAUGCAUUGGGUGUUGAAUGUUGUUUUCAAAGUUAUAUCACAAUACAGGGGGAUACGGGUAAGAAAUGUGACCAAGUGUUUGUUAUCCUCUUAAUUGAACUAGGAUCACAUAAAGUAAGCAUUUCCAGUAAAUAAAGACUUGUGUAUUCACA